UACACCGUAGGCACAGCUACGGGAGCAAUGUUUGGGGUCUUGCUCAUGGACACAUCGACAUGCGACUACCGGAGCCGGGGGUCGAACCGCUGAUCUUCUGAUUGAGCCCCUGCUCUCCACUUAGCCCCAGUCGCCCCUGGAUGGUGGGUGGGGGGGGACUGGUGCUUCCGCGUGCAUAGUGCGGGUAAUCUCUCCUGAAUUUGUUUACAGAACGUUAAAGACUGGGAUGAGGAACUCUGGUGUGUUUUCUGUCUUUCUUUCUCAUCAGUUAAUGUUAUGCUAUGAUUCCACAAACAGUAGGUGGCGGUAUGUAAUUACAGUUUGUUAGCGAUCCGCCAUUAAACAGACAGAAGAAGAAUAAUAAUAGCGAGGAGGAGGAAGAAUACGAAUACGGAGGAGAAGAAGAAAACAAAUUAAUAAUAAUAAUAACUGGGGUCUUGCUUUUUACGCUUACAAUUCAAAAUGUCAGAUGACAAUACAUCUGUAAACGACACGGUCGAGCUCGCUGGUGGAGAUGGAGAGAUUAAAGAGCCUUUGUGUGAAUCGGAGCAGGGGCUUAAACCUGCGACGACACCGGAGGACAACAAGACUCCCUCCUCCAGAUUUCUGCAGGUUGAACUGGAGCUGAGCGCCCACCUCCGUCGGCUCACCUUCAGCGAGCCGGUCCGGUACAUCUACAACCCGCUGGAGUACGCAUGGGACACCCACCGCUGCUACGUGGAGAAGUUCUGUCAGGGCGGACAAACGAUCCUGUUUUUAGGGAUGAAUCCAGGACCCUUCGGCAUGGCACAGACCGGGGUCCCCUUUGGUGAAGUAAGGUCAGUUGUGGAUUGGCUGAAGAUCACAGGGGAGGUCGGUCAUCCUCCUGACGAGCACCCAAAGCGGCGGAUCACCGGACUGGCCUGCACUCAGAAGGAAGUGAGCGGAGCACGUUUCUGGGGCUUCUUCCAGAAGUUGUGUGGUGAACCAGAACCGUUCUUCAAGCACUGCUUCGUGCACAAUCUAUGCCCGCUCAUUUUCAUCGGUGCCAGUGGGAAGAAUUUAACCCCCCCUGAGCUGCCAGCAGGUGAACGAGAGGCCCUCCUCGCCCUGUGUGACACUGCACUGUGCCAGGCGGUGGAGGCACUGGGCAUCACCAUGGUCAUCGGGGUUGGAAGGGUGGCAGAGCAGCGGGCGCGGCGAGCUCUGUCAGCCGCAGGUGUCAACGUGCAGGUCGAGGGCAUCAUGCAUCCGUCACCCAGGAACCCGCAAGCCAAUAAGGGCUGGGAAGAAGUUGCCAAAGCCAAGCUGGCCAAACUUGGUGUCUUGUCGUUGCUGAGCAACAUGUGAGCUAGUCGACCUUCUCUGAUUUUAAUAGCAGCAUGGAGAGAAUCAGUGACUGUGUGAUUUGAUCAAUGGGUCCAUGUACUACUAAAGUACAGACUCGCAUUUCUCCUCGCAGCUCAGUGUGUGUCUGAGCUGCUCUAUGGAGUACUCGUAAUACACUAAGGCCUUCCACGUCUGCCGUCACAGCUGCUGUAAACAUCUCUUUAGCAACAUUUUCUUCCUCUUCAAAGAUCCGUUCUUUUUGAGAUGGCUUUUCUUUAUGCGUUCGUGCACCAGGCUGCCUAAACACUAAUGUUAGUAUCAGCUGCUCUGAUAUAUUAUCAAGUUUAUAGUCAGAUUGUAAGAUCAGGGUGUUGCUAACAAUUCAGAGUUGCUGACGAGUAACUGCAUUAAUUAAACCUCUGAAUGUUAUAGUUUGGGGGGAAAGCCCGAAACCAAAGUAAACAAUUGUCAUUAUAACUUUUCUUCCUCCAAAAAGGGAUCCAUAAAGAAAUAGUUCUCAGGAAGAAAAGCACUGUAGCUUUUGAAUGGUGACAUUACAGAGACAUCUAUUUGUCAACAUACAGUUAAGUAUUGUUCAUGCAAUAUAUAUUUUUAAUUAUCAUUUUAUUUGUUGAUGUUUACACUCAGAUUUUAUCCACAAUUUGAACAAUUCUGUGUAUUUCUGGGAUCAGCCAUCUUGCAGUUCAAAUAAACAACAAUAAUGAAAUAUGAA